AUUGAAAUCGUUUAUUGACUAAACGAGGAAGAAAUCAGUUCGAUAAAUGAUAAAUUUAGUCACGAGGUCAAUUAUAAAACUGUGGGCCAUCCUUUCCUUUCAUUUUAAAAUCUAUUCUCGAAUUCCGCGUGGAAGAGUGGGAGAGAAUGAAUAAUAUAAUUUAUUUAAGAAAGAAAAAAAAAAGAAAUGUUAUACGCACGACAUUGUUGUUUUUGUUGUACGCAUUGACACAUAAAAACAAAUUCAUCUCGCGAAAUACGUGAAGGAGGGAAAAUCCAACUUUUCUUUAUGAAAAUGCGUGUUCGUGAGUGAAUAUUCUUGGACAGACGUAAUUAUUUCCGACUUGUCGUAUCGGUCAGAUCAGUAUAAAAGUGAAGACUGCAAAUCGAUUUCCGAACAGUCGAUCGUCGAUCUUACUUGAGAAACGUUCUAUCGUAUAAAUAAAUUUCCGUGUAAAUUUAUUAUAUUCGAUAUAACAAGAUGUAUCGUGUCAUUAUUUCUACAACUUUGAUUGUAUUCGUAGUACUAUCAAACACCAUAGCCUUUCCUCAAAAUGACUUGAACCUCGAUGAUGUUUCUCGAGUAGAUGGUUUCGUUUUCGAUGGUCCUGUUGAUAGACCGUCCUUGUCGACUCAACGUCCUGUCAUUAAUAACAUGAUAGAUCCUAUGACAACGACGGGAGCGACACCUGUAUCUAUCACCCCAGGAUCCGAAGCUUAUGAAAAUUGCAUUAAUUCAUGUUUGGUUACUCCAGAAUAUAAUCCUGUAUGUGGAACAGACAACAUCAGCUAUGAAAAUCCAGGAAAAUUAAACUGUGCAGUUGGCUGUGGCAAAAAGAUAAGCCUGGUUUCCUAUGGACGUUGUAGUGCCGACGGGAGCAGAGGUUAAUGAGCUAUUGCUAGAGAUUGAUAACACUGAUUUAUUAUAAGAUCGAAAUAAUCUAUUGUGGAAGACUGUUUAGCGGUAUAUAUUUUAUAAUAUUUUCUACUUCUUUCUUUUUAUCAACACACCUUUUUUAAUAGGUUAAUAAAUAUAAAAAGCUGAGAUAAAUGUUCUCUCACUUUUUUACCAUAUAAGAUCAUUUAUAAUAAGACUUUAUUUUCAUCGUAUCGUAAUUUAAUUCUUAUACUGUAUAUGCAUUAAAUACUAUCGUUAUAUCGUUUUAUAGAAAUAAAUUGGAAAGUAACAAAGUACAAA